AUGUCUGACUUGGAAAAAGAUGGGGCCAUAAAAAAGUCGUUUGAGGAAGUCCAAGACUAUGAAAAAGACUCAAACUAUGCAACAGCAGAGAUCACCACUACUCAAUUAAGUUUUGUGGACAAGUGGGCAUCAAAGUUAAAUGCUGAAACCAAGGGUAUUGAAAGAGUCACCGAAGAAGAAAGAUUAUCGGCUUCAAUAUGGGCUGCUGCUACAAUGUGGUUAUCUGCUAAUAUGGUCAUCGCUACCUUCAGUUUGGGUGCUUUGGGUGUUACUGUUUUUAGUUUGUCCUUCUGGCAAUGUGUAGCCACCAUCAUCUCCUUUAACAUCUUGGGUGCCUUAUCCGUGGCAUUCUUUUCUUGUUUUGGACCCCAGUUUGGAUUGAGACAAAUGCUUUUGUCUAGAUACUUGGUUGGUAACUUUACUUCUAGAAUAUUUGCUGUUAUCAACAUGAUUGCUUGCGUUGGUUGGGGUGCAGUGAACAUCAUGGCAUCUGCUCAAUUAUUGCAUGUUAUCAACGGGGGCAUUGUCCCUCCAUGGGCCGGUUGUCUUAUUUUGGUUCUUGCUACAAUUAUUGUUACAUUUUUUGGUUACCAUGUCAUCCACCUUUACGAAAAAUGGUCUUGGGUACCUAAUGCUAUUUGUUUCAUUGCUAUUAUUGCUAGAAUGGCCAAAGCCAAAACUUUCACAUACGGUACCACUGUUGGCGGUCAAACCACUGCCGGUAAUGUUUUAUCUUUUGGUGGUGCUGUUUAUGGUUUUGCCACUGGUUGGACUACUUAUGCUGCCGAUUACACUGUUUACCAACCCAAGAACACUAACAUGUUUAAGAUUUUUUUUGGUAUUCUCGCCGGUUUAUUAAUCCCAUUGAUUUUCACUAUGAUCUUGGGUUCUGCUUGUGCCACUGGUACAAUAACUAACACUGUUUGGGCCAGUUACUACAAAACUAACUCCAUUGGUGGUUUAGUUUACUCCAUCUUGGUUGUUGACUCAUUACACAGUUUUGGUUCCUUUUUGUGUGUGAUUUUAGCUAUGUCUACCGUUGCUAAUAACAUUCCUAACAUGUACUCCAUCGCUUUGAGUGCUCAAGCUGCUUGGUCUCCUUUGAUGAAGGUUCCUCGUGUUUUCUGGACCAUUGCUGGUAACUUUGUUACAUUAGCUAUCUGUAUUCCAGCCUACUAUCAGUUCGAAGAUGUCAUGGAUAAUUUCAUGAACAUGAUUGGUUACUAUUUAGCUAUCUAUCAAGGUAUUGCUUACUCGGAGCACUUCUUCUACAAGAAGGGUAAGUUUUCAAAUUACAACUAUGUUGAUUACUUGAAUCCUGCCUCCUAUCCAGACGGAUAUGCUGGUACAUUGGCCUUCUGCUGCGGUGUUGCUGGUUGUGUUUUGGGUAUGAACCAAGUGUGGUUCCAAGGUCCUAUUGCCAAGAAAAUUGGUGAUUAUGGAGGAGAUAUUGGUUUUGAAUUGGCUAUGGGUUUUGCCUUUGUCAUUUACAAUAUUGCCAGACCUUUGGAAAGAAAGUACACUGGUAAGUAA